AUGCCCGGCUCUGAUAUAGACGACGAAUAUGAUGACGAGAACUUCAUUGUUGAUAUCGAUGGCAUUCAAUCCCACGGCAUCGGAGCGGCUGACAUCACCAAAUUGAAGGCCAAUGGAUACUACACAGUUGCUUCUGUGCACGGUGCCACCCGCAGAACACUUCUCAAAGUCAAAGGCUUCAGCGAAGUCAAGGUAGAGAAGAUCAAGGAAGCUGUCCAGAAAUGUCUUCCCUCCGCAUCGGGAUUCAUCACUGCGUCGGAACUAUUCCAGCAACGCAAGAAAGUGGUCCGAAUUUCCACGGGAAGCAAGCAAUUUGACGCUAUUCUCGGGGGUGGCUUCCAAAGUAUGAGCAUCAGCGAAGUCUUCGGCGAGUUUCGCUGCGGCAAAACCCAACUCUCACACACAAUGUCCAUCAUCGCCCAGCUUCCAAAGGCAAUGGGUGGCGCAGACGGCAAAGUCGCAUACAUUGACACAGAAGGCACAUUCCGCCCUGAACGUAUCGCGCAGAUUGCUGAACGCUUCGGUGUUGAUCCAGGCAUGGCGCAGGAGAAUAUUUCAUACGCGCGUGCGCUGAACAGCGAGCAUCAGCUUGAACUGCUGAAUACACUGAGUCGAGAGUUUGCGGAUGGAUCCUAUCGAUUGCUUGUGAUCGACAGUAUUAUGAACUGUUUCCGAGUGGACUAUUGUGGGCGUGGCGAAUUGGCGGAGAGGCAGCAGAAAUUGAAUCAAUUUUUGAUGAAGUUGGCGCAUAUGGCUGAAGAAUUCAAUGUCUGUGUCUUGAUGACAAAUCAAGUGCAAAGUGACCCCGGUGCAAGUGCCCUCUUUGCCGGCGCUGAUGGUCGCAAGCCUGUCGGAGGACAUGUACUUGCUCAUGCGUCUACUACUCGAGUGCUGCUCCGCAAGGGCCGCGGUGAGGAACGAGUGGCUAAGAUUCAGGAUUCACCCGACUGUCCCGAACGAGAAGCCACUUAUGUGAUCACGAAUGGAGGAAUCAACGAUCCAGACAAGAUUUGA